GGCGUUGUUUUCAAUGCUGCAAGGGGCAAGUUGCAGACGAAAAAAGUAGCGUUGGACCCUUGAAAUAGAAAACGGCCCGUAGAAAUGGCUUUUCAACCGCCCGGGACUGGUCAAGAACAUAAAAAUAGGAAGAUACUAGAGCAGUUAGAGGAACAAAAAAAGAGAUUGCGAAUGCAGACUCACGGAGGGAGCGGAGGAGGAGGAGGUGGUGGUGGAGGUGCCAGCGGUGGGAAUGGAGCUUCCAGUGUGGCUAAUGUGGGGCCUGGUACAACAAGCACGGUAACACAGCAAGCAUCACAUUUAUCAAAUAUCAGCAUGGUGAUGGAAACCCAGCACAUGACUCCAGCACAGAGGGCAGCACUACAGCAUGCCAAUGCCAACUCUGUGGGGUACUUCAUCACACAAGACUCCUCAUUUGGGAAUCUGAUACUGCCUGUACUUCCUCGCUUCAACGAAAAGACAUGACAGCAGCAUCUUAAAAUUAUCAUCAUCAUCAUCAUCAUCAUCAUCAUCACAGUUCAUUGUCCUCCUCACCAUCAUCAUCAUAGUUAUCUUCAUCAAAGUCAUCCGCAUCCAGAUUGAACUUAUCCACAUCACCCCUUUAGGACUCAAUUAUCAGAGAAAUGGUGAUGUUGAAAUAUUGUGUAGUAUAUAUAUGUGGUUGAUGGUGUUAUGAGAUUGUACUAUAGGUUUGUUUGUAUAUAUGAACAUCAUCAUCAUCCAGGCUUUGACAUUUAUGUAAAUAUGUUGGCCCAAGGCUUUGAAGUUCAGGAGGGUAAUGAAGAUAGUGUUUAAGGCUGUUAUCUUCCUCCUCCCCCUCCUCCUCCUCCUCCUCAUCAUCAUCAUCAUCAUUGACACUAAAUGUAUGCUGUUGUUUUUGAGAUGUGUGUGAUAAUAAAUCACGAAUCUUGUAAACAGUUGCUUUAAGUUUACCCCAAAGAUGGUACAUGUAUUUGAUAUAGUGCUGCAGAUUGUCCCGAAUGUGAAUUGUUGAUAGAAUGGACAGAAUAAAUGAUAGUGUAAUAAUUAAGACCUGCUUAUGUUAAAUAAUGUACAAAUGUGUAUUUGUCUUUGAUCAUUUCUUCCUGUGAAUCAGCAUUCAAUAGGUUAACUUUUAGAAAUGGUGCAAAAUUAUACUGUAUUAUUCUUUGGCAUAUUUUCAUUGCCCUUUUAAAAUGUUUAUUUUGAUCCUGAGAUAUCUACAAAAUCCUUUAGGUUUCUUUUAACAAUUGGGCAAAGGAAUCGCUAUGAUUGAUGUAACAUAGUGUGAUGACCAUGUGUAUUGAUAGGAUCUUUUGUGAAUGUGAACUGUAUAGUGUAGCUGUUAAAGUUGAAACAGGAUGAACUAUGAAAAGUGUUUGCAUGCUGUAUGACUGAUAAUUAGAUAUAACAGAAAAGUGUGGUGGACUUAACAAGGUUUUUUUAAAUGUUCAUGUAGAAUUCAACUAAAACAAUGAUAAAGUGUUGCUAAGCUAAUGAAAUUAUUGCAUUGCAAUGAUCAGCAGGAUUAAAUUACAUAGCAACGUAUAGUACAGUAUAUUGGAUGGUAUGGUUUGUGACUUCAGUUAGAAAUGUAUUCAAGACAGUUUCUUUUAUAAAGGUAGUAUUUGUGAUAAUGUCCUAUGAAAAAAUAAUAAUGUUCAGAAAUACUACUAGACACAGUAGACCGAUCAGCUGUUCCCUUUAAGAUAGCUACUGAUCAUGAGGUGCAAUUUUGACCACAAAUAAAAUCAUGAAAUAAAAUUAUUUGAAACAU